ACCCGGCCUUCUCCUGACAACCACAAUAAUGAAGACGAGUAUGCAUUUUGGCUGAACUAUAGCCAGAAAGCGGACGACUGGCCAAUUGGUCAGCCAGUGCCCUUACCAAAAUGGGGUAGUUCAAGGCCACCCCUUGUGGUCAGCUCAAUUGAGGAAUAUGAAGAGCUGACUAAACAAUUUGAAAAUGAAGUACAAACAUUACUUCAGGCACAUAAUUAUGAUUCAAUAACAAAUUUCAUCAAAUUUUAUAAUGAAUUCAAAAAUGGAAAAUAUGAAACAUUGGAGUACUUUUUUAGGAAAUAUAAACCACCAUUAACUAAAAAUGCUAACACCUGUGUUGGACUUGGUUUGUUAUUGAUUGGUAGAUUGGCAUUGUUGGAAAACAAAUUUCCUGGUGUUAAAAAUAGCCUUUAUUUGGUGUCCUGCGAAGAAGCUAUAGAGAGUCAUGAGGGAUACAUUAGUAAUGAUUAUCCAGACCCAUGGGUAAGUGAUAAAGAACAUGUUAUGGUUGCAAUGCAAAUCGAAAUCAAUGGUCGUAGUGGUGUGAUAUUGUUGGAUCCCGGUUAUCAGAUUGGUAGAGUGAUUACUGUAAUGAUUGAUCAACAAUAUCCUCAUACUGGUCGUUUUGUACCAUCAUCUUGUCCUCAAAAAGAAUAUUGUUAUCAAACAAUGGUCGGUGAAAAGUAUGUGCAAUGGUCUGUAUGGAAUGGAUCAACAAAACCAGAAACCAACUUAGUAUACAUAGGGGCUUCUUAUCAUUCACCAGUGUCUGUGACUGAACGUCGAAAUUUAGUUUACAACUUUAGAAGCUUAUUAGCCACCAAUUGCAAAGGUCAUUUGUUGGCUGGUGUCUAUUUUAAAGCAGCACUACAGUCCACAUUCACAUUGUUUUGUGAUGAUGAUCAAGAUCCAACAAUUAAACACCGAAUUAAAGUUCCAUCUAAUAAAUUUAUUACAUUAAAUGAAGUCGACAAUGAAGUCGAAAAGAUACUAAAUACGAGUAGUAAACAUCUGAAGAUGACCAAGGUUCAAUUUUGUAAUAUACUAUCAGCAGUUGCAAAAAUAUUAGAAGACAAAGAUUUUCUCGAUCAAAUGUGUAAAAUUAAUGAUGAUAUAUACAAACUUGGUGUUGAUGAAAAUAACAACAAUGAAGGCAUUAAUAAUUACAAUUUAUCUGGUUAAUUUAGUAUUCACAAUUAUAUAAAAUAAGUUUUUAUUUUACUCAAUUAUUUUCUCUAGAGAUCCUAUAUAAAAAACCACUUUUUAGUUUAAUAUUAUAUGGAAAUUUUUUCUCAUUAUAUUAUUAUUUAUAA